UUACCCUGGUACUCUAAUUAGUUUGAGUGAAGUGUGCUAUGGAGUCCUAUGAACAACACAACGAAGUUUCCACUUCUUACAACAAUAAUAAUCUCAAACAUAACUACAAUGAUUACAAGGAGUUCUGUGAUUACGUUGAUGACGAUAAAAAGGAUUUCGGUAACUUGUACGCUGAGAAGAACUUCAGGAAAGAAGAAAGUCAACAUAUAGGCACGCCCUUUUCAGUUAAAGAUAUAUUAAAUAUCAACCAGCCGAAUUAUAGCUACGAUAUAUGGAAACCGAACGAAAGGGAGCGAAGGCUUGACUGCGAAGUUUAUCCUCACCAAACUCAGAAUUACUGCCCUGAGUACUUCAGCCAGUCGUAUCCAAACAUUCCUGUGCACAGUAAUGUAGAUUACUGGACUCCAGAGAUGUACCACGAGCAUAAAAUUGAAGAAUAUUAUAACUACAAUCCGUAUUGUCAUAACCUCUAUCACCAAAACUAUGAACACUAUGCUACUGAAGUUAUCCAUCAUCCUGUGGAAGUGUCAGUGCCCAAGGAGACCAUGGAUGUUGACGUGGUUCAUACAAGUGCUACACCAGCGAUGCCCACUGUUGGGCAAGAAAAAACAGUAAGCAACAUAAGGUUUGCUGACUCAGAGCCGUUUGAAAAGUCGCCUGUUUCAAGGAAAAUUACGAAAACACCAACGUUCACAAAGUCAGAGAAGAAAGACAAGAACGCAAAGCGGAAGCCACGGAUACUCUUCUCCCAGAGCCAAGUGCACGCUUUGGAGAUCAGAUUCAGAGCACAGAAGUACCUCACGGCUCCAGAGAGAGAACAGCUAGCACAGACACUAAACUUAUCACCGACGCAAGUAAAAAUAUGGUUCCAAAACAGAAGGUACAAGAGCAAACGAAUGAAGAGCCCUGAAGUCUCAACUUCAACCGACGCGAAGCCAUCGAAAAUUGGCAGAAAACUUUACAAACCCGAAAGUAAAGAAUCGACGGUAUCAGAAUAUAUACCUUAUAGACCUAUUAGGGAAUCUGAAAGUGAUCCUUUAUCGUCGACCAUGUUUUUCGAUGAUAGUUUGAACUAUAAUAGCGAACUGACUGAAAAGAUGUAUGGUGAAAAGUUAGUACAAGAUGGUAUACCUACGACUUCAAAUAUAAUGUACAGCACAAAUCCGAAUGAAUCGAAAACCUUCUAUGAAGAAGUCGAAGAUAAAAAGUAUUUUCCGUUAAAUUAUGUUUGUUGAUACCUUUACGAAUUGUUUGGUUAAGUUAUUGUCAGGAAACUUAGGUUUAAUUCUCUCUAGUUCCUAGAAGCGUCUGAAAGUGUCUUUACUUAAACUUGUA